AUGGACAAGAAGCCAGCUCCUCCUGUUGGGUCCGGGGCCCUUGUCAAGCCCACAUCUGGUGAGCAUCCUUCUGGGCAGGUGGAGCACACCAAGCCCACAUCUGCAGAGCAUCCUUCUGGACAGGUGGUCCACGUCAAGCCCACAUCUGGAGAGCAUCCUUCUGGGCAGGUGAAUCACGUCAAGCCCACAUCUGAAGAGCAUCCUUCUGGGCAGGUGGUCCACGUCAAGCCCACAUCUGGAGAUCAUCCUUCUGGGCAGGUGGUCCACGUCAAGCCCACAUCUGGAGAGCAUCCUUCUGGGCAGGUGAAUCACACCAAGCCCACACCAGGAGAGCAUCCUUCUGGGCAUGUGGACCAAGCCAAGCCCACAUCUGGAGAGCAUCCUUCUGGGCAGGUGGACCAUGCCAAGCCCACAUCUGGUGACAAACCAGCAUCCCAUGAAAAGCCAGGGUCUGGCACGAAACCUGCACCUGAGAGUAAGCCCAAGCCUGAGGACAAACCGGAGAAGGUUGAUGACAAUGAUGACAAUGAUGACAAUGAUGACGAAGACGACAUUUUUGACGAAGAAGGGAAUGAGGGUGGCAAUUCUGAUGCCGGCGAUGCGGACAAUGGUGGAGAUGGAGAUGCUUUUGACAAGGAACUGGAUUACGGGUUAGACAAGCCCGCCGACAACGCGUACGCCUACCAUGACAUGUGGAGCGACGAGGAUGCUGAGGACAUUGGCUUGGAGGAGGAGGCGAGUUGGCCUCAUGAGUUUGGGUGGGACUUCAAUAAUGGGAAGCCUGCCUUUGACGCCUGGGGAGACAAGCCCAUGAAACCAAUUGGAAAACAGAAAGAAACAGCUCCUCGCAGGGCUUGAUUUA